AUGACCAUGAAAGAGAUUGUCAUCCUUCUGCUGAAUCUGUAUUUGGUCUUCAGUGUCCAAGACAUUCGAGAGAGUGUUCCUAUGAAGAGCCUGCGCUGCUACAGUGACUACAAGUCACAGGUGACUUGCACAUGGAUGGAGCACUCAGAGGCUCAUGCCCUCGUUGGUGUGACUCUUUACCAAAGGGAUGAUAUUAGCAUGGAGAACAAGGAGAUGUUCUGCCAACGCCAGAGGGAAAAUGACUUACAUGAGGCCCCAGACUCCUAUGUGCACUGGGUUUGUCGCAACACUACAGACAAUUUUGGAAUAGGAGUAGAAGAUAUUUACAGUUUCAAACCUAAGAAGGUGCUUCAAGCAGAACUGAAUGUUGAUCUUUUUCAAAAUGUUCAGGUCCUCCCACCUCAAAACCUCUCGAUCAGCUUGAUGAGAUCAGGAGACUUCUUGCUGACUUGGAAAGCACCUGAUGGAAGCCAAGGGCUGAGAGAUGCCCUGGACUAUGAAGUCACUUACAAGCGGGAGUGGGAGCCCUGGGAGAAAGCUGCCUCACUCUUGCUCUCCAACACCAUACGUUGCCAUCUCAGCCAGAAGGACCUUGUCCCGGGGAGCAGCUACGUUGCCCGUGUGCGAGCCAGACCAGGUCAGGCCGGGGGCUUCUCUGGGCAGUACAGCGAGUGGAGCACGGAGGUGACCUGGGAGACCCCUGAAGGUGGCCUUCAGCCCAGGAACCUUCGCUGCCUCUUCAAUGGUGUGAAUGGCCUGACGUGCAGCUGGGAAGUGAAGAAAGCGAUUGUCACUUCUGUCCUCUUCAGCUUGUUCUUCAGGGCCACUCCAGCAUCAAAAGAACAGGAGUGCACUCCUGUGCAUGAGAAGGCUUUGCCCCACAUCCCAUAUGUGGUCCAGAGCUGUGAGAUCCCUGUGAGCAAUCAGAGCCAGUACCAUGUGUCUGUCCGGGCCAAGACAGAGGAGAAACUAAUUGAAGCCUACAAGAACAUUAAGACGCUGCCACCUGUAAAUGUGUCAGUAACAAGGACAGAGAACCAAGAAUAUGAACUGAAGUGGAUAAAACACACUUUCGCAUAUCCAUCCAUAACACAGAGAUACCAAGUUGAGUACUGGAAAAACAACCAAUAUGAAAAGACUCUCCAGAAGUUAAAUAUCAGCAAUGAUGAACCCCCCUUCAUCUUCACCCCGCAGAUGCUGGCAUCAUCUACAGAAUAUAGGGGGAAAAUGCGUGCGAGGGUGAAUAUGCAACAGGCAUAUGAGGGGCCUUGGAGUGAAUGGAGUGAGGAGUUCACUUGGAAGACUGAGAAUGUUCUCCCACCUGUGGUUCUCCCAGUGAUGCUCCCAGUUCUCAUCAUCACUUUGCUAAUCAUUGCUUACUUCAGCUACAAGUAUUUCCUCAGGAAGAAGCAACUGUGGGAGGAAAAGAUUCCGAACCCCAGCAAGAGUCUCCUUAUCCAGAGCUACCUGGGGAAGGUACCUUUAGGGACCUGGCCAACAAGCAGCCAGCUGGACUUCAACAAACACAGCCUUUCAGAGAAGAUGGAGCAGGCUAGCUUCCUGCAAGUUGUGGGCAGGCAGACAAAGACUUUGGCAGUCCUUGAAGAGCAGGCUAAGAAGACCAAUGUUUCUACUGUUGUGCUGAACCUACAAAACCCAUACCAUGCUUUGGAUGAGUCAGAUGACUGCUCAGGUCGGAUUGCUGGUCAUGCCUUGCCUGUUUCAAAGAGAAAAAGUCUUGAUGCAAGUAUUGCUUCCCAGACAGCAAUCCCUCGUUUUGAUUUCAAUGGUCCAUACUUGUACACCCCGGUGAUGUCCUCCCAGCCUGAUAUGCAUCAGAGCCUGGCACUGGAUCCAGUGGGAGUCCGUGAGAAAUCGGUUUCCCUUCAGUAUGUGACCCUCCCAAAAGAAGACUGUCCCCAGGCUCCUCAGAGGCAAAACCAGCCAGAAGCAGAUCCUCCAGAACCCCUUCUGCUCCCAAGUCAGAAAGAAGUGAUGCAGCAUCUCGGCAAUGAGAAAGGAGUCUCACCGGCCCCACCAGCCUGUGGGAAGGGCAGGAACACAAGAACAGAAGAGCAGAAACAUACAGGGCCUCUUAGCUGUGUCACGUCUCCUCAGCAGCACCCCUUGGAGUACAUCACUACAGAGAGCCUGUCGCUGCCAUCAGCCAGUGACUCCACCCGUCCACCUCUAGUCACUGCUGGGGAGUUACCUGGUGACUCACAGGAGCCCCAGCCCCUCAGUGACCACUCUUGCCAUGAGUUUUCUCCCAGGAAAACUUGUGUCAUGGUCCCAGUUUCAGGCCAAGCACCAGCUUCUUCUCCUGAAUCACACCUGGAGGCAUUUGGAGACUAUCUUUCUGUCCCUUUAAAUCUCCAUGAACAUUCAGAACCCACAACAAUUUCUUUGCCUGUCUUACAGAAGGGAAACGAUCUUCCUAGAAAGCAGCCUCUGCCAGAGGGUAACUUGGUGGUGUUGAACCCUGACAGCACUGAGCCAGUUUUCCUUUGCCAGGUUGGUGACUAUUGCUUCCACAGCCUGAAAUCCAGUGUGAAGAUGGAUAUUAGUCAGGAAGACCACCAAGCCAAGAAACCUUCUGAAGGCAAAGCAACAUCUGGGAAGCCUGUAUCUGAUGAUGAAUCUAUCACUGAGAAGGAAAAGGAUGUAUCAAAAAUGCAGGCUAUUCAACUUUACAAAAACCUGAAAUCAGAUGAUUACUUUUCCUGGCAGCAGUCUUUGAGGAUCACAGAAAUCUGUUAA